AAUAUAAUUACAAAUAUGCCUAAUUACAGGUCAGUCCAGCUUUUCCAUGACUUAGCAGCGAAAGAAAGAGAGAGAGAAAGAAAAAGGAAAAAGAGUAGAAGAAGCUUUGAAAAAAACGCUAGAAAAUUCAGCCAAUUUUCCAUUCGAAUUUUCUCUGUCAGACAAACAAGUCCACGAGCCCCUCACUCACUCUUUCUCUCUAGAUAUAGAAAAUUUUCUCUUUCUCUUUAUAUAUCUAUAGAUCCGCCGAUUUCUUAGCGUUUCGUACGAUGCCUUCUCGCCGUAGAACCCUCUUGAAGGUCAUCAUCCUCGGCGAUAGCGGGGUAGGGAAGACGUCUUUGAUGAAUCAAUAUGUAAAUAAAAAAUUUAGCAAUCAGUAUAAGGCAACGAUCGGAGCUGAUUUUUUGACAAAGGAGGUGCAGUUUGAGGAUAGGCUUUUCACCUUACAGAUCUGGGAUACCGCUGGCCAGGAAAGAUUCCAGAGCCUAGGUGUUGCUUUCUACCGUGGUGCUGAUUGCUGCGUUCUUGUAUAUGAUGUCAACUCAAUGAAAUCAUUUGACAACCUAAACAACUGGAGAGAAGAGUUCCUUAUUCAGGCAAGCCCUUCAGAUCCAGAGAAUUUCCCAUUUGUUGUUUUGGGAAACAAAAUUGAUGUGGAUGGUGGAAACAGUAGAGUGGUUUCUGAGAAAAAGGCGCGAGCAUGGUGUGCCUCUAAAGGAAAUAUCCCAUAUUUUGAGACCUCUGCCAAGGAGGGAGUUAAUGUGGAAGAAGCUUUCCAGUGCAUAGCAAAGAAUGCCCUGAAGAGUGGGGAAGAGGAAGAAAUAUACUUGCCUGACACCAUUGAUGUUGCAAGCAGCAGCCAGCCAAGGUCAACGGGAUGUGAAUGUUGAAAUAUGUUACUAUGUGAUUUUUUUUGGGCUGCAAUAAAUGUCUUUGUAAGUGUUACGAAUGAUUUGACCUUUCCAAUCAUUUAUAUGGAUUUGUACGACACUACACUGUACAUUAGUGUGUGUGGAGAGAAACAGAAUGGUCUGUUAAUGCUGGCUGGAUUUAGUUGCCUGGUGCUUUGGUAAUGUUUUAAGUUCUUAAUUAUUCAGCA